CACUACGCCACUUUAUAGCCAUGUCUGAAUACUGGAAAUCCAACGCAAAAUUUUGGUGUCGUUUUUGCAAAAUAUACAUUACUGAUAACAAAGUUACAAGGAAUACUCAUGACUCAGGAAGAAAACAUAAGGAAAAUGUGGAAAGGUUUUUGCGCGAACAGAAUCAACGUGGAAAAGACAAGGAGGCUGAAAAGGCGAGGCUGAAUAAGCAGAUGGAUGAAAUUGAAAAGGCGGCAAUGAAGCAAUACCAGCUCGAUGUUGAAGCCGGACUUGUAAAACAGCCAGGACAAUUAGCUGCAUCUUUAAAAAAGCCAGACAUUUCACCCGCAGUGUCAGUAGUUCCCAGUACAUCGUCAAAAAUUUUGGCGGAAGCCUCAGCAGAUAUACCGUCGCCUGCAACAGAUAAAACAUCCGCUUCCGCUGAAAAAGACACGUCAGAAAUAGCAGUAGGAGGAUCCGACUCCAAGCUGACAAAAGAUCUUUCGGUGGGACAGCCAGGCGAGUGGCAAGUCGUCGAAACACCGAAACGCAGAGAAACGACAAUGGCAUCAGAAUCAUCAAGGAAUGGGAGCAAGAGCGAUAAAAACCAGGUACAAGGGAAUGAGAGCGGACAUCACUAUAUAGCAGGUGCUGAUGACGAUGAUGAGGCACAAGGUGAUCCAGAGGAUCUACGCGAAUUCAAAAUCGUAGAGAAAACGUAUCCAACCGAUGCGGAUUUACUAUAUGAAGGAGAUGGUGAUACAGCAGCAGGAGACGGCUCUGCAGUUUUCAAGAAGCGGAAAGGAAGUUCCAAUAAACAACGAAAUAUCCGACGUAAAACAUAAAUAAAAGACAGUCGAGCGCUACACCCAUAAUAAAUAUAUUCUGG